UUUUUAUACGAUACAUUGUGAUAUAAUAGACAAUUAAAACCACAAAAUAUAAUUAUUCAAAGGAAUAAAUAAAAUUGUUAUGUUUUAAAAUUUUAUAUUAACAAUUAUGUAAUAAAUUUUAAUUUUUUUAAAAAAUAUAUAUUUAUAUAUAUAUUAUACCAUUAGUACAAAGAAAACAUUUUAAGUGAAAGCAAAUAUUUAUACAGUCACAGAUCAAGCUCUAGAAAUAAACAACAAUAGCACAAAAUUAUUUUUCUUUAACAAAUUUAUUUUAAUAGAAAUUAUAGUUCCAAAUAUGUUUAUAUAAUUUAUGUAUUUAUAAAUUUAUUUUCUUUGUUUUUAAGGGAUGCUAAGAUUUUGAAAUUGGAAAAAAUUAUGACUCACCUCUAUAUUAUUUUAAUUAAGAUAAAAUUUAUAUCAGAAUGUUUUAAUAAAAACUUUUAAUUUAAAUUUUUAUUAUAACUACAAAGAUUAAUUUUCAAUAUAAAUUUAUGUUUAAAAACUACAAAUAAAUCAUUUAAUAUAAACGAUGACAAAAAAAAUCAUUUAAUAUAAACAAAAAAACCAAAAACAUAAAAUAAAUACCCGCCCGGUCGGGUGGGUCAAGAUCUAGUUUCUCCCUUAUAAUCGAAAUUCUCAUUUAAAUUAAAGACAAAAAAAAAGAAUAAAAAAAUUAUUAUACUCAUACUUUAUGAUUACUAACUAAACUAUAUUGGCUGACAAAAAAAAUACUAACUAAACUAUAUUUUUUUUAUUAUCGUGUGUUUUGAUGUUUUAUGCUAUAUAAUAUGUUUUUUUUAUUAUAACUAUGUUAGUUAUUUGAUAUUGCAUCGACUUAUCAAUUUGUCAUAAUAACCACACAAAUGCAUUUGUUUCCGAAUGUUUGUCAUAUGAAUAACUUACUAACGUUUAAAUCACUAUUGCACUUGCAGCCGCCAGCCGCCCAUUGCAUUUCAACCAUUCAUGUACUAAUUAGUGUGAAUUCAUACUCUAUAUAAAUGGUAAGUGAUAUAUACACAAGCUUGUGACUGAAUAUCAUAUUAAAAAGGCUUUGAAACAGAAUAUAAAUAUAAAUAUUAAUAGCUAUAUAUAUAUAUCACGGUGGGGACUGGGGAGGUUAUUUACGAUGGGAGAUAAUAAGAUGGUUAUGGCAAAUUUAUUGAGCGUUAUUAUGCUUAUGCAUGCAAUCGUUGCGCUUUCUUCUAACGUGAGGGGCUUAAGUAAGAAUUACUACAUGAAGAGCUGUCCUACCGCAGAGCAGAUUGUGAAGAAUAGUGUUAAUAAUGCUCUUCAAGCCGAUCCCACUCUAGCCGCAGGUCUUAUCCGUAUGCUCUUCCACGACUGUUUCAUUGAGGGAUGUGACGCUUCGAUUCUGCUAGAUUCAACAAAUGACAACACUGCAGAAAAGGAUUCGCCUGGGAAUCUGAGUCUACGUGGCUACGAGAUCAUAUAUGAUACAAAACAAGAAAUCGAGAAUACUUGUCCAGGAGUUGUAUCUUGCGCAGAUAUACUUGCCAUGGCUGCUAGAGAUGCUGUUUUUUGGGCUGGUGGUCCAUUUUAUCAAAUACCUAAAGGAAGAUUUGAUGGUAAAAGAUCCAAGAUAGAAGAUACAAAAAAUCUUCUUCCACCUUCUUUCAAUGCCUCUCAACUCAUUCAGGCUUUUGGCCAACGUGGCUUUAGUCCGAAAGAUGUUGUUGCUCUCUCUGGAGCACAUACCCUUGGAGUUGCACGAUGCUCAUCCUUCAAGGCUAGACUUAUCACCCUAGAUUCUUCAGUAGACUCUUCUUUUGCAAACACUCUCUCAAAAACUUGCAGUGCCGGUGACAAUGCAGAGCAACCACUUGAUGCCACACGCAACGAUUUCGACAAUGCUUAUUUCAAUGCGCUUCAGAUGAAAUCAGGAGUCCUCUUUUCAGACCAAGCCUUAUUCAACAGUCCAGUGACGAGGAAUCUUGUUAAUGGCUAUGCCCUUAACCAAACUAAGUUUUUCUUUGAUUUUCAAAAGGCCAUGCGCAAAAUGAGCAAGCUCAAUGUCAAAAAUAGCUCUCAAGGUGAAGUCCGUAAACAUUGUCGCUGUCUUAACUAAAGCAUGUACCAAAUGUAUUUCUGAUUUUCUGUACCAGUGCUCCUACCAUCGGUUAUAUGUAUCUCAAUGAUAUGAUUCAUGAUGAAUCACUUGUGCACCAUCUAAAAACUUGGUGUUUCGUAAUAUGUUGGGUGUAAUUGUUUGUGUGUUUCACAAAUCUAAUAAAAACGUUUGACGUUUGUCUAUGUA